GAUUGGACUCCACUUGAGCAUUUCAGAGCAGGAAGCUUGGUGUGUCUACGUGCCUUUCCCCUCGUACGACCUCUCAUCCAGCCUACAUCAGCUGGGCUCACAGGAUGCUGCGCUAAAAGACAUCAAGGACUUCUCGGCAACAACAGGUAUAUGGGAAAUUAGAAAAAAUGGUUGGAUUUUUCCAAAUACUGAGAAAGAAAAAGGAGCUGAUCCCUCUCAUAGGGUUUGUGGCUUUUGCUGCAACAGGAGCCGCCUCGGCUGCUAUCUACUUUCUGUUGACUAAACCGGAUGUUAUUUUGAAUAAGACUAGAAACCCAGAACCAUGGGAGAGAGUGGACCCAUCAAAACCCCAAAAGCUCAUCACCAUCAAUCAGCAGUGGAAACCAGUGGAGGAGCUGGAGUAUGUGAAGAGCCUCACCAAGUAAAAGAAAAACGUCUGAUCAGCUAGAAACAUCCACAGACUGAACACCUGCCUGCCUGCACCCCAUCAGUCUAACAGAAUCCUUUCUGCACAAACUAGGAUGCUUUGACACUUAGUGUGCGGAAAUGCUUCUGCUCCACUGGUGGGGUUUCACCUGGCUCAGCCCGCGGACGUCCGUCCACAACAGUAGACACUUAGGUAACAUACUCAAAAACUCUUACUCUGGGCUAGAGGGCUACAUUUACAUUAAAUAAGCUGUGGUGUUGAGUUGCUCUUGCUGUAGAUGUAUGAUAGUGUCUAAAUGUGAAAGACUCAAACUGUUAACUAAUAUGAUAAUAUUGUACUAAUAAAUAACGUACUGUACAGUGUCAAUACAUUAUUGUUGUGAACAUUUUGAAUUUGUUUCAUCAAAGUUAUAGAAAGCAUACACAAUUAUGCAGGAUUAUAAUCCUGAUAUUCUUAUUCCUUUCUGUGUUAAAUAGUAAUAUCUCCUUUUAGCAUCAUCGCUCUCCCAAAAAGUGUGUUUGAUCUCUAAAUGUAUAAAUUGGUGCCACAUCCAAUUAAUGUAAAUACAUCGCCAUAAUAAAGGAUAAGGCCGGU